UUUGUAGUCCACGAGGAAAAAUUUAAGAAAUACGACAUCGAGGGUUCAUGUUGGACAAAUUGUUGAUAAACAAUGGAGAAUAUUUUGUUGAGGAGAAUUCAUCGAAAGAUCUAUCCUUAUCUCAAUGCUUUGAGAACGUUCCAUGCAGAGGCAGAGGGUGAAUAUCCCAAAAGUAAUGGGAAUAUUAUGGAUAAGGAGAAAAAACGCCAUCCUUAUCGUAAAAUUCAUCCCUGGAAGUCGACGUAUGGAUUUAAUGAGAGUCUUAUCAACUCUGUGCUUUACAACGAAGAUGGGCUAGUGGCAAUUAAUAAACCUUAUGGAAUCUCUUCCAGAACUCCUAAACCUAAUGAAAUUCAGGUGAAUAAACUUCCAAGUGGAAUUCCUAAUGCAGUUGAUUACACUGUGGCGGAUGCAUUGCCAGUGAUUGCAGAUAGAUUGGGGUACAAAUCCCUCACAAUUAUCAAAACCCCCGAAAAGUUUACGAGUGGAGUCGUUCUUCUGGGAGCUUCUCCACAAAUUAAAACAGCAGUUGAAAAGUCUAUGAGAAUAGCUGAAGGCGCCAGAAUAUUGCCUCGUACUUUCUGGGCAGUUACUAGACAAGUUCCUAAACAAUUGGAGGGAGAGAGCAGAGUUGCAAUGACAUUGAAUCGUGUGAAGGAGAGGAAAAGGCCAGUGCCAAUCAUUAUCAAUACUUGGAGUGCGAAUGCACGUGAGAGAGGCGAUAUAAAAAUCCUCAAUGUUCAGUACAAAGUUCUGUCCCAUGGAACUUACAAUGUGGCCUCAUUGGUGGAGAUAAAAUCAUCGACGACAGUGUGGCAUGCUGUGCGUCUAUUCGCAGCGACUGUCCUCCUCUCUCCAAUCCUGGGAGACAAUAUCUAUGGAUCGAGGGUUCAGAAUGUCUUGGGUAAAAGAUUACUGGUGAACGUUGCAGUGGAUGCAGCCCACAUACCUCCAACACUAGACCCAGAUCUUCUAACAGUCUUGAAAAUCGGCAAGAACAAGGAUUUAAUGAUUCCAGUGCACAUGCACCUUCGAGAAAUGUAUCUUCCCUCGUUCUUGAGGAAGAAAAAUAAUGUCGUCAUACAAGCCCCUUUACACCCCGAGUUCCUCUGGACUUGCAGGCAAUGCGAAUUCGAUGAGAAGAUCUUCGAAAAUAUCCCCAGUGAUUCUGAAGUUGAGCACAAGUCUCUUGAAAAACGAACUGCUGUUACAUGAAUAAAUAAAAAUACUCACUGAUUACUUGCACUCAU